AUGCUUGACCCACCUCUCGAGAUCACCUGGUUUUACUCUGCCAUGACUUUCCAUACUUCGAAAUUGGGCCCCAAAAAUGAUCCUUCCACUCGAAUUCUUGUAGCUAAUGACUUGUUGAAUUUACUAAUUUCGUGUUCUAAUUUGAGCAGCGCAUCGAAAAAGAUCGCGCUGAUUGCACCUGUUGUAUACGAGCUGUAUAAUUUUUUGUAUGAUUUUUCAAAACAUGGGUUUAGUUUGAGAAUGGAGGUUGGAGAUUUGGUAGAGAAAAUGGUUAGCUAUAUUAUGGUAUACUGUGGUAUCGAUGAUUAUGCAAAUGGAAUUGUUGAGAUUGAUAAAUCAGUGCUGUGUUUUGAGGAUUUGGUUAGGGUUUGGACUGUUGACCGAGGUGGGGGGAGUUGUACAUAUGGGGAAGAUUUGAGGGUUUUUUUCCCCGUUUUGAGUGAUGGGGUUUGGAAUCGGAUGAACGCGAGGUCUGGGAUUGGGGAAUUAGCUGGGAUUGUCUUGUAUGAAGUGUUUUUGCUGAGGUUGUGUCUGAAAUUUGGUUCGGGUGGGAGUAGAGAGGAGUUGCUGAAAGAUACACAAAAUCUGGCUGUUCAGACUAUCAAGGGGUUUCAGAAUUUUUACUUCUUACAAAUGCUUCUCAACAUGCUGCUGGAACCAAGUUUACCUGUUUCCACCCUAUUGAGUUCUGAGGAUGCAAUUUUUCUACAAAAAGCACUAUAUGAUGCAGUGAUAUUGAUUGACCAUUCGUAUCUACAACGACAUAAAUGCAUUCAGUCAGUAGAUGGCUACUUGAGAAAUUUGGCUCUGGUAUGGUCAUUAGUUGCAGACAAUGCCAUACAAUUGGCGAGGGCAACAUGUGAUCAAACCAGGGUCAUUUCUUAUGUAAAUGCUUUCUCCGGAUCUUGGUUAGUGACAGAGCUAAUCAACUGUAUAACAGUCCAAGCUGGAAUGCAGGAGGAAAACAGUAGACCAAGCAGUCCAAAAGCUCUUAUCAGGUGGCUUUUAGUCCUUGAAGAUCAAGGGUUUAGAGUAUUUGAUCAUGAAACAUCAACUCUCCAUGCCAAAGCAGUAACAUGCAGCACAAGAAUGGACGGUGAGUUCCCUGAAAUCAAGCCCGAUGAAAAGAACCUGAAGCAGAAUAUGUUAGUAUACCCUGAAAAUGGAUGCAAUAAGGAUAAAAAAAUGGAUGGAUUGUCGAGCAAAGGAUUCCCAGCUUAUGUCUACACAAGGAACCCAAGGAUUGAUGGGUGUAGAAAACGGAAAGAUGGAUUAAAUGACGUACGAGAAUCAAGAGUGAAGCAUGUGAAGUACGAUUUUCUUGGAAGUUCUUUUUCAGAGAAACUUUUGCCCUUUCCAAAUGAUGAUAGAAUGUAUUGUGUGAAUGAGGUUAAGAACUUAGCAUCUGAUGAUGACAUGGAAGUAUUAGGAUGA